UUACAGGCAGACAUCGCUCCCCUCAUGGCUUCUCUCAUUGGUGUGCCAUUUCCUGUUAACUCUGUUGGUGUGUUACCUCUUCUCUACCUUAACAACAGUGACCAGUUCAAGGCGGAGAGCAUUUACACAAAUGCUAUUCAAGUACUGGAGCAGUACAAGAUGAAAAUGGCUCAGAAAAAGGAGACAACUUUGUCAUUUCUCUUCACCCCAUACCAACUCCUGACUGAGUCAAAACAAGCUGAAUUCUUCCACAAGGCCAGAAUACUGAUUCAGCUGGAGAAGUAUGAUGAUUAUAUCUCUCUGUGCCGCUCUCUGAUAUCGAACGCUCUGGAGGGCCUGGUGUACUACCACACCUACGACAGGUUCUUCCUGGGUUGCAGCGUAGUGCUCGGGUUCGUAGGCUGGACCUCAUAUGUUGUGCUCGUGAUACUGAAGACUCACGCCAGCCUCGACCGUCACCCCAGUCUCCUCAAUCAGAAUCACAGCCACACUUUGGCGAGGCUGUGUGUCUGUGUGACGGUGGUGAUCACUGUGUUCCUGCUUAUCCAAAGGAGCCCCGUAACCUACUAUAUUUACUGCCUGCUACCUGUUCCUGUGUGGUACUCGGUGCUAAAAGAGUAUAGAACUCUGACAGAUUUGGUUCGCUCGGCUCCCUCUCUGCCACUGUGGAAAUGUCUUGGCUAUCUUGUGCUGGUGGCGUUUGGGAUCGAGCUACUGGUGGUGAGUUUCUUCCAUCGCGCCAUGCUGACUGUGGGCCUGGCUGUCCUCUCGCUCUGGCCCUUCCUCUCGGGACUUUUUGGAAAAGCCAAGUUCCGCUCAGUGAGCUGGUGUCUGGGCUGUCUGUGUUUGGCGGCUUUCCCCCUGAUGCCUGUUGUGGGCAGAGAGCCAAACAUACAUCUGGUUACCUGUGCAGGUGUGCUCUCUCUCUUCACCUCCGCCUGUUACCUGUGGUCCGCGCUGCAGAAAGCUCCGCUGCACCUCACUGACCGGCAGCAGUUCAUCACCCAGAUGCUCCACGUGGCAGUGUGUGCGUACGUGCCGUCCCUCACACACUCCAGCCUGCAGCAGAAACAGGGCCUGCCGCUUCUGAACCAGAUCAUCAGCUGGACCACGUUAGCGUCGUCCAUGCUGUUGCCGUUGUUGAGCUCUACUCGUAUCUUCCACCGACUCCUCAGCAUAUUCCUCUCCCUCACAGCCACAUACCUGCUGCUCAGCACCGGGUCAGAGGCAUUGUUCCCCCCUGUGUUGUCAUGGCUGAUGUUUGUGUGGAUCAACAUUGAACAGGAAGCCAUGCUCGCUCAGGACGUCUCUGGCAGACAAGAGCUCUCCACUAUCGAUUUCUCUGCAAACAUCGACAUCACCAAGAUCCGACAACUGAAGUUGGAUGACAUCAGAAGAUCUUAUUUUUUUGUAUUUUUUAUAAUAACAGCGUUCUUCGGGACAGGGAACAUAGCUUCCAUUAACAGUUUUGACCCAGCGUCUGUUUAUUGUUUCCUCACUGUCUUCAACCCCUUCAUCAUGGGAGGGCUGAUGAUGUGGAAGGUUAUCAUUCCUUUCAUUAUAGUGAUGUGUACAUUUGAGACCAUCCAGGUUGCAACACAGCUUUCAUCAAGAAGUUUGUUCCUCAUUGUCCUGGUCAUCUCGGACUUGAUGGCUCUGCACUUUUUCUUCCUGGUGCAGGACUACGGCAGCUGGUUGGACAUAGGAACAAGCAUCAGCCAUUAUGUGAUAGUGAUGUCAAUGACCAUCUUCCUGAUGUUGCUCAGCGUGGUCACGCACAUUCUCACCUCACAAAGACUCAUUCUGUGGAGGAGGCGCAAGACCCACUUCCCCUAAACAUGUAUAGUGCAACCAAGC